AUGACUUUGACUUCUGCUGUGGGUGGCGUUAGUAUUAGCGGCUCUUCUUCUUCAAAGGUUGUGGGCCAGCAAGAGGGAUCCGAAGUUCUCAAGGUCUACGAUCGCUUCCGAAACGAAACCUAUCGAAACGUCCACUUGGUGAACUUCCAAACCAUCACCAAAGAAGAGAGGCAUCUACUCAUUCCACAGCUCACCUAUGAGGCUGCAGCCUUCCUAGCAACAAGACAUUUAAAUGAGCGCAAUUCAUCCAUAGUGCCCAAUUUGACCAACAGAAUGAAAGGCUGCGACAUCAAAUUCAGCUAUGAAAUGACAGAGACUCAAUACAACAGACUGGUUGCCCUGACUUCUCUCCAAAAGAUUGCCACACGGCCAGAUUUGAGAGUGGGUGACUGGCAUAGGUAUCCCAGACCGGCAGCCAUUAUUGGUGGAGCCUACAGUUCCGUGUCACUAGCUCUUGCCAAUCUAGCUGGAGUCUAUCAAAUCCCUCAGAUUUCUGGCAGUGCAUCCUCGGCAGUGCUGGAUGAUAAAACACCAGCUCCCUAUUUUUCAAGAUCCUUUCCCACCAACGAAGCGGAUGCAGAGGCACUUAUGAUAUAUUACGAUUCCCUAGGGGUCACUCAUUUUGGAUGCAUUCAUGUCCGGGAUCUGUAUGGUUCCUCCUUUAGCAGCGCAUUAUCAAAUGCUGCAGUGAAACAUGGAAUCCAUGUUUAUUUCACAGCAUUUGAAGCCAAAGAUGACCAGUCACUCAAAGAUGGGUUGAAGCAUCUGCAGUCAACACAAGUUAGAUAUUUUUUCGGAAUCAUCUACCAUGAUUCACGAGAGACAGUCUUUCGGGAGGGAUACAACAUGGGGAUUAUGGGACAUCCAGGUUUCACCUGGAUUCUGAGUGACAGUUCAUCGAACUUGGCUUCCAAAGACUACUCGCUGGACUACGAAACAGAAUCGGAUCUGGCGAAAGCUGUUAAUGGUGUGGGGAUUUUUAUUCACCCUGUUCUUCAAGAGAUCCUUGAAAAGGACUUCAAAACAAAUCAACAGCUCCAACAAGAUUUUGUGGUAGCACACCCUCCCAACCUGCUCCCGAUUUUGCAAAAUCAUAGCUUUGCCAACACCACCAUGCUCCCCUCAAUCUUUACCGGAAUGGUGUAUGAUGCUGUCAUCACUGUUGGGCUGGCAGCUUUGUUACAUUUCUUCUCCCCCGACCAGUUCUUACAAGGAAUUCGAAGACAAUCUUUUGAAGGGGCAACAGGAUAUGUCACAUACAAUACUGUGACGGGGACCAGAGAUCUUUUGGGGCUACGAUAUGCCAUUACAAAUAUCAUCAUUGCAGAGGACAGAGAACAGUUCACACCAGGAAAAAUCCAGUUCAAGUCAACCACUCCUGUGGCAAUUGAGUUCCCUUCCAAGGUAGUGGACUUGGGUCUGGGGCCCUUUAUCUAUGCAGACAACACAACAUCAGUCCCACCAGCCCUUCCCCAUCUUGAUGAGGAUAUGAACUUGAUCCCCUUGGGUGUUCAAGGUUUUGGUUGGGGACUCAUGGGAUUCAUCAUGGUUCUCUCCAUUGGCUGCAUUGCAUUUGCCCUCCGAUACAGCAGAAAGAGAGCAGUUUCUUCAGCCCAGCCAGCUUUUCUUGUGAUGAUUGCCAGUGGAUGCCUACUCAUGGCUUCUGCCAUUCUUCCAAUGUCGCUACAAGAGCCCGCACGAGAAUCAAGAUUGGAUAUUGCUUGCAUGUCCAACCUGUAUCUGAUUUGCAUAGGGUUCUGCAUCUCGUAUUCAGCCUUGUUUUGCAAGCUGUAUCGAAUCAACCAAUUGCAGCAAGGAGCAAGGCAAUACAGAAGAGUUCAAGUGAAUGUAAAAGAUGUGCUCUUUCCACUGGUCAUCAUGGUUGGACUCAAUCUUGUUGUUCUUGUCACCUGGAGUGUUGUUGAUCCAUUGGUGUGGGAGCGAAAAAUUGAGCACUCCAGGGAUAGAUUUGAUCGUCCUACUUCAAGCUAUGCCAUCUGUUCGAGCAACAGUCAAACCUUGGAGACGUUGUUUGGGGCCUUGCUGUUGGCAAUCAACUUUGUGGCUUUGGCGUUGGCCAACUGGGAAAGUUACAAGGGAAGAGAUUUGCCCACGGAGUUCAAUGAAACCAGCAGGAUUGCCAUGUCCAUGUUUUUCCUCAUUGAAGCUAUUAUCAUUGGCAGCCCAAUUUUGCUGGCAGCUCAAGGCAAUCCCGCCGCCACAUUUCUUGUUAAGGCCGUGUUGAUCUUUUGCACCUGUCUGGCUAUUAUCGGCCCCAUGUUCCUUCCUAUUUGGAAUUUACAAACUGGGCGCGAAAAUGCGAAGAGAUCGGUUAUUACAGCUUCAAAUACAAAUACAAAUACAAAUACAAAUACAACAAGAGGGGCGGAUAUGGUCCACACAGUCACACCUUAA